UCCAUUGUCUUUGUCUGUCUCUUUCUCUCUUGGUCUCUACUCUCCUCCCUCUCACUAUCUAUUCUUCUCUCUCUCCCUCCUCUUGUCCCUCUCCCUGUUUCUCGCUGCCUUUAUCUCUCCCCUGUGUCUCUCUGUGUUUGUCUCUAUCUCUAUCUCUCUCUGUCUCACUGUCUCUAUCUCUAUCUCUUUUUUUGUCUGUCUGUUUGUCAUCCUCUCUAUAUGUGUCUCUCUCUCUCUGUCCCUCUGUCUCUUUUUCUCUUUUUCUUACUUUCAUUCUCUUUCUAUUUUACCUACAGAUCCAUUUAAAGCCAUAGAUCAGAAAUGAGAAACUAUACAGGGAUAGUGUUUAUUCUCCGGGGACUGACAGAUGACCCACAGUUGAAGAUUCUGCUUUUGAUCUUUCUGUUUUUGUCCUACAUCCUGAGUGUAACUGGGAACUUGACCAUCAUCACCCUCACUUUAAUGGAUCAGCACCUUAAAACCCCAAUGUAUUUUUUCCUCAGGAACUUUUCUUUCUUAGAAUUAUCAUUCACAACUGCCUGUAUUCCCAGAUUCCUGUACAACAUGUCAACUGGAGACUAUACUGUGACCUAUAAUGGAUGUUUCACUCAAUUAUUUUUUGGAAUUCUCUUUGGGGCCUCAGAGUUUUUUCUCUUGGCUGCCAUGUCUUAUGACCGCUAUGUGGCUAUCUGCAAACCCCUGCACUAUGCAGCCAUCAUAAACAACAAAGUCUGUAAUCAGCUCCUCCUGAGUUGUUGGGUGUCUGGGUUGAUGAUUAUCAUUCCAAUAGUUAGUUUUGGUCUUCAGCUAGAAUUCUGUGACUCCAAUAUCAUUGACCAUUUUGUCUGUGAUAUAUCACCAUUGCUGGAGAUCACAUGCUCUGAUACACAGUUCAUAGAAAGAAUGGUUUUAGCCCUUGCUGUGUUCACACUCAUCAUUACCUUAGUGUUGGUGGUUCUAUCUUAUGCAUAUAUCAUUAGAACUAUUCUGAGAUUCCCUUCAGCUGAGCAAAGGAAAAAAGCCUUUUCCACUUGUUCCUCCCACAUGAUUGUUGUCUCCAUGACUUAUGGAACCUGCAUCUUCAUCUAUAUCAAACCUUCUGAAAGAGAAGGAGUAGCUUUGAAUAAAGUAGUGUCAGUACUUGCAACCUCAGUUGCCCCUGUAAUGAACCCUUUUAUUUAUACCCUAAGGAAUAAACAAGUGAUUAAAGCUUUUAGAGAUGCAUUGAAAAAGAUUGUUUUGAUUUCAGCUAUAAAAGGAAAUUGA